GAGAUACUGGGGAGCCAGCCAUGGAGAGCGCCUACUUGAGGAAAAGCCUGGGCACCUGCUUGGCAGAAGGCCUUGCUGAAAUUGCGGAACAUCGGCCCGCAGAUCCUGUCUUGUACCUGGCCCACUGGAUUUACAAGUACAAGAAGAACAUGAUUGAGGAACUGCAGAGGAAAUUGGACAGGGAAGAACUGGAGCGAGAGCGUGAGGAGGCUCAAAAGGAAGUGGAAAUGCUGGAAAAAAUGAAAGAAGAAGAACUUUUGAUUCAACAAAAGCUGGAAGUAGAGAAACAGGCCCAGAUGGAGCGAGAGCAGGGGGACCGGGAGAGGAUGGAGCGAGACCGGGCCGAGGACCUCCUGCAGGAGCAGAAACGACAGGCCGAGCUGGAGGCGAAGAUUGCCGCCGAAAAGGAGGCGGCCUCGAAGACGUUGGCUGAGCUCAGUGACAAAUAUGGAGCUCCUCACCUCAGUCGGGUUGAAGAGAUCGAUGAAAUGGAGCAAUCUGAGCAUGCCUUGACUACUGUACCCGACUCGGAGGAAGAACAAUAAAU